AUGGGAUUUCACCAAUGCCGCUAUGGUUACCAAGACAUAAAUGAUAUUGAGGGUGUGGUUGCUGGCUAUGCAAAAGCUGGAAUCCCACUUGAAGUUAUGUGGACAGAUAUUGAUUACAUGGAUGCCUAUAAGGAUUUCACUCUCGAUCCCGCUAACUUUCCAUUGGACAAGAUGAAGAAAUUUGUUGAGAAGCUUCACCUAAAGGGUCAAAAAUAUGUGCUUAUCUUGGAUCCGGGAAUUAGUGUGACCAAGUCAUAUGAAACCUACAAAAGAGGGAUGCAAGCUGACAUCUUCAUAAAACGUAAUGGGAUCCCUUACCUGGGUAAUGUUUGGCCUGGACAAGUCUACUUCCCUGAUUUUUUAGAUCCUGCUGGUGGAAUCUUCUGGGGCAACGAAAUCAAAAUAUUCCGAAACCUUCUCCCCUUUGAUGGCCUCUGGCUCGACAUGAAUGAGAUAUCCAAUUUUUUAUCGUCCCCUCCCAACCCAACUUCUACCCUUGAUGACCCUCCGUACAAGAUAAACAAUUCUGGAGUGCAAAAAUCUAUUAUUGAGAACACUGUUCCAGCAACAUCCGUACAUUUUGAUAACAUUACAGAGUACAAUGUUCAUAACCUUUAUGGAUUCUUAGAAUCAAAAGCUACUAAUGCAGCUUUAAUCAACAUUACUGGUAAAAGGCCGUUCAUACUCACUAGGUCAACGUUUGUGGGUUCUGGGAAGUAUACCGCACAUUGGACUGGAGAUAAUGCUGCUACAUGGGAUGAUAUUGCAUACACGAUUCCAAGCAUCUUAAAUUCAGGAUUGUUCGGUAUCCCAAUGGUUGGAGCUGACAUUUGUGGUUUCUCUCAAGACACAACUGAAGAGCUUUGCCGGCGUUGGAUUCAGCUCGGGUCUUUUUAUCCCUUUGCGAGGGACCACUCUGACAAGUAUACAACUCGUCAAGAGCUAUAUAUGUGGAAUUCAGUUGCUGCAGCAGCUAAGAAGGUCCUAGGACUCCGUUACAGGCUAUUGCCAUACUUUUACACCUUAAUGUACGAGGCACAUUCAAAAGGAGUUCCCAUUGCAAGGCCACUUCUCUUCUCAUUCCCUCAAGAUACCAAAACUUACGAGAUUGACUCACAGUUUCUCAUAGGCAAAGGCGUAAUGGUGUCGCCUGUGUUGAAGCCAGGAACAGUCUCAGUAAAUGCGUAUUUCCCAGCAGGAAAUUGGUUCGACCUCUUCAACUAUUCGCGUUCUGUGAGUGUAGUUCCAGGAAAGUACGUAACACUUGCUGCACCACCAGAUCACAUAAAUGUACAUGUUCGGGAAGGAAACAUAUUGGCCAUGCAAGGAGAAGCCCCGACAACACAACUAGCCCGAAAGUCCCCAUUCCAGUUAUUGGUUGUCAUCAGCAGCAGUGGAAACAGCACGGGAGAGGUUUUCUUGGACGAUGGAGAGGAAGUGGAGAUGGGCGGGGAUGGCGGGAACUGGAGCUUGGUAAGAUUUGAUGGUGGCAUUGUAGGGGAGAAAGUAAUAGUCAGAUCAAAGGUUGUAAAUGGAGACUUUGCUAUGCGUCAGAAGUGGAACGUAAACAAGGUAACAUUGCUGGGGUUAAAACAACAUUUAAAGAAGCUCAAGGACUAUGAGAUAAUCAUUAAGGUGGGAGGAAGGCUACAAAAUGGGAAGCCAAUGAUCAAAGAAAGUUUUGAUGGCAAUUCAUUCGUAAUUGCGGAAAUAUCAAUCCCAUUAUCGGUACCCAUUGGACAAGAGUUUCAAUUGGAGUUGACACUCAAGAAGUAAUGAAAGUAUGCAAAAGAGCUCAAAGCCACCCAUUUCUUUUCAAAUUUGCAAUUGUAGCCUGACACUUUAUGCUUGGUUAAAGCUCAAGCUUAAAUAAAGCCUUGAACCAGUCAUUUGUUGAAAACUUUUCAUUUGUAGAAGUACUUUGUCUUCUUUUUUUUCUUCCAUUGCCUUGUCCAAC